AUGGAUAAUAAUUAUAAUAAUUAUGGUGGCGGGGGUGGUGGUAGUUCAUUUUCAAAUAAUCAACAACGACCGAAUAUGAAUAAUAAUAAUUAUAAUAAUAAUGGUGGGGGUGGUGGUGGUUUUGCUCAAGGGCAGCGAGCACCUAAUUCUGGUGGUAAUUUUUAUGGAAAUUCAAUGCCACAAGCUAAUCCUACAAUCUCGGUUUAUGUUUCACAAAAUACACAAGUUGGAGUACCUGCUUUUGGAAAUUCAAAUACUGCUCAGGAUAACCGACGAUAUGAAAAUGAUAAUGACCAUUGGAAAACGGCAUUCGAAAAACAGCAACAAUUUUCCCAAGACCUUCUACAGCGUAUACCUUACUAUACUAAUCCUCAACAUCAGCAACACAACAUGGGUAAUAAUGCUAGUGUCGGUAGACAGAGAGCUAAUGUUGGCAAUAAUUCAUAUGAACAUGUACCACAGAGAAAUAAUGGCUAUGAUUCUGUUCCACAACGUACAAAUGUUGGAGGUGCUGGCUAUGGAAAUCCCGCUAACGAAUUUGUUGAUCCUCUGUAUAAUAACAACGUUCAACAACCUAGCUGUAGUUAUGGAAACGCGAAUGGCUAUGAGUUCACCAAACAAGCUGAUUUUAGUUAUGACAAUGUAAAAUUUUACAUUUUGGCUAUAUUAGAAGGAUGUAUUUAUUUACAAUACAUCCUAAUAUAA